AUGAGGAAGGGCACCUGCACGCCCACAUUCCAGAUCUACACAGUGACAGAAGGCACCAUGGAUGGCACCAAGGGAUUGGCAAAGCCAGCCUUUGGUCCAUCGGGAGAACGUGUGGAAGGUGGAUGCCACACCUUUUCUGGGACUGAGACUGAGCCAGCAGCAGAGCUGGUUUUCCCUUGUGCACCGUUCUCAGACCUCCAGAAAUCCCUUUGCAUGCUCCAGAAGGUUUGGGUGUCCUCACCAGGGAGCUGGGCUUUGCGGGAGUCCAGCAGUCACCGCCAGGGCAAGAAAAGGUGCUGGAAAUGUAGAUUUGUCAGGACUAUAAUCCAGCACCCAUGUCAGAGGCAUGCCCCCAAACGCUCCAGGAAAGAAAGAAUGUUGAGGAAAAUCCAGAUAUGCCUCUGUUUCUGCUUUGUCUCGGGCAUUUUGUACGAGAUCUCCCUCUUGUCCAGCUGUGUCUUCUCCUACUUGCCCGUGGCCCAGCAGUACCUGACACCUGAGCAGGUGCUGAACCUUGGCAAAAGCAUCAUUUUCCUGGAGACGACGGAGCGCCUGGAGCCGCCCCCACUGGUGUCAUGCUCUGUGGAAUCCGCUGCCCGGAUUUACCAGGACAGGCCCAUCAUCCUCUUCAUGAGGGGACUCACCAACGAGACGGCCUUGGACAUGAACACCAGCUACGCAGCCUUCUCCCUCUUGUCUUCCAUGAAGAAUGUCUUCCUUUUCCCUCUCCAGAUGGAAACCAUCUUCCAGGAGACCCCCCUGCUCCAGUGGUACAACCAGGUGGUCCCGGAGCAGGAGAAGAACUGGGUGCACGUCAGCUCGGACGCCAGCAGACUGGCGCUCAUCUGGAAGUACGGGGGCAUCUACAUGGACACAGAUGUCAUCUCCAUCCGGCCCAUCCCCCACGAGAGCUUCCUGGCCGCGCAGAAGUCGCGCUUCUCCAGCAACGGGAUCUUCGGCUUCCCUGCCCGCCACAAGUUCAUCUGGGACUGCAUGGAGAACUUCGUUCUCAAGUACAACGGCAACAUCUGGGGCAACCAGGGCCCCUUUUUGAUGACCAGGAUGCUCAAAACACUCUGCAACCUGACAGAUUUCCAAGGCACUGAGGACCACAGCUGCCAGAACAUCUCCUUCCUCAAUCCUCAGCGUUUCUACCCCAUCCCAUACCCAGCCUGGAGUCGGUACUACCAGGUGUGGGAUAAAAGCCCCAGUUUCAACCACUCCUACGCGCUGCACCUGUGGAACUUCAUGAACCGCAACCGUAAGGUCGUGGUGGCCGGCAGCAACACCCUGGCUGAGAAACUCUACAAAACCUAUUGCCCCACCACCUACGAGGACCUGAUCCAGAAUGCCAAGCACAGGGAUCUCCCAGGCCUUGAGGAGGCUGAGUGACGUGGAGCAAGGAGGAGAGGGGUGAUCCUUCCUGCCAAACACAAUCCCCACUCGGUCGGUAUCUGGCUUUGUAGGAGAAAGAAAGGACUUUCCAUAACCACUGUUCCUAUUCCCUUGGGAUGCUGAGAAUGGUGGUGGGUACCCACUGGGCGUAGCCUCCAAGGACUCCUUUGCCUCAGUUCUGUUUCCUGAUAGGUGCUCAUGAACCAAACCUUGCCAAAUCCGACAGGCUUUGAGCCCGUUCACGAGCUUCUCCAAGAGAAAAGCUCCUAAAGAGAGGGGUGGCCUCCCAGGAGAAAUGUUGUCUCUGCUCCUCUUGGAACUACUGGCAGCUUCCCACGUCAGAAAAGUUGGAAGCGCAACAGACUUUGGACUGGAACCUCGGGGCAAAAGAGGAGAAACCCAAACCAGCAUCAUUACCUGGUGUUUUCCUCACAUGGACAUUACACCCUACGUUUUUGAGAGGGACUUCAGUACUUCAGAGUGAAAAUAAAAGAGUUCAUAAACCACCACUCCUCUGAGCUCACUUCUCCCUGAAAAAUGAGUCACAUUUUCCAAAGGUUUGUGCUCCCACACUUUUACUUUAGCUUUUGCCAGGAAGUGGCUGCUCUGCCCCAUCCUCCCAGGUCAAUCCUGGCUGUAGAAAGUGUGCCUGGAAAGAAAAUGCUGAGACA